CCGUGAGUUAUCGCAGUAUGAUAAAUUGUACCAAGCCACUUACACUGCAUUCAAAGUUUUCUCGUGCUAGUCUUUAGUAUACGUUACAAAUUCCGAAACACAAUGAUGAUUUUUGUGUUUACUUUAGUAGGAUUAAUGCUUAUUGCAAGUGCAGCGAAUGCCGAAGAAAUCCACAACUUUCGCAUGUGCCGGAAAACUAGGUGUGAAGUAUAUAGUGUAUAUAUUGAUCCAUGUCCCGAAGCUCUAGACAACCAACCAUGUGAAAUACCACAAGGCAUUAACGCGUCCAUCAUAUUUAAAUAUAGACCUAAAUUUGGUUCAAUGACGCCUCAAACAAGACUAUACGCUGAAACCCUUUUAAUGGACUUGCCAUUUAUGGACAUGGACACUAACGCAUGCUUAUACACAGAAUGUCCAAUUAGGAUGAAUGCCGAACAGGAUUGGAAGUACAAUUUGUUCAUAUCCCCAGAUUAUCCUAAAAACAGUUACACAGUAAAAUUGAAGUUCUGGGACAAUGGACCUAAAGCCGAUAAGCAUGACGAAUGCUGCUUUAAAUUCAAUAUGAAGAUUGUUUAAAAUAAAUGGAAAAUAUUUGCAACUUUAUAACAUAUUAACACCUAUAAUA